AUCGGAAGAGCUACAUGUGACUUUUGGCCAUUGUUUACAUUGUCAUGUGAAUAAUUGAUGUUAAUUUGUUGUUGAUAAUACGUGGAGAUGGAGGUGGAGGACUCAGACUCGCCAGGCAUCCAGGAGAGAAUCACUACUGCCGAGUCCCUCUGGGCAGUAAUCAACACCCCCGCGAUAAAAAUCUUCUCCCUGAAGAAGUCAGAAUCCGAGCCAAGUCUCCGAGCGUUCCUGGAGCUUUUGAAUCGUGCCUCCGAGAACUUCAUGAACAUCCUGAUACCUCCCUACAAAUCAGGCCCCAAGUAUGAUUCGCUAAAAUCCCAGUACUCAGCCUUCACUCGAUGGCUCUUCGGCGUUCUUUUCCACGUGUUAGGGGAUCCCUUGAACCCCCAGGUCCUCCUGAACAGCUUGGAGGUUCAGGCGUGUAUGCUUCGCAUUCUCUCGCGGCUCCACUUGCCGGAAUUUUUGAGAAUCACCGACGAAUACCUCGCCAUUCUCGACGACAUCCUAGACUUCGAGUCAGACACCCGACAGACCCAGAUAACGAUAAAACAUUUUGUCGUCGAACCGAACUCCAUUGAGAAACUGGAUCUCACUCACUUCCCAGUGACGAUCACACGAGAAUCUAUCGUCACGACUCAAAUAUCGAUAAUGAAAGUGAUCAUGAAGUCUGGAUUGUCAUCCUGGGACCUAGAGGCCCUGUGGGAACGAGCCUUAAAGAUCAUGGUUAAAUGUAAAGUCGAGUCGAAGGUCACAUCCAUCGAGAUGGUUUCUCAGCUUCUUACACUCACUACACUGAGCGACGACAAGCUCCAGGUGUUCGUGUCUCUCUGCAUCGAGAUUGUGAGAAGUCUGAACACCCUGAAUACCAACCGAGUACCUGACGACGUCAACUUCACAGUGACGAGUGACACCGCUACGAUCCUGAAGGAUCUAUUAACGAAUCUAGCAAACACGUCUCAAGUAGCGGAUUUGUGCUUCGCAGUGGUCGAAGCCACCACAUCUGGACGAAUCUCCUCCAAAGAGUUGGAGUCUACAGCAAUCGGCAAGGUCCGCGAUCAAUUGCUCAGACACCCGCGAGCUGUCUCGCCUUUGGAGGACGAGAAUCUUUUGAAGUGGUUUGAGAAGUCCUCGAGAUUCUCCAUUAUAAUUUCCCACUUCAUCGUCUAUCAGUUAAACACCUCUUCGAUACCGGGACAGCUGAUGGUGGCGAGUGCUAGCCCCCUUUGGCGAUCGAUUCAAGCCCUGAUAGUCCAGAAGAUCCAGACGAAGGAGCUUUUGGAGCUCAAGAAGUGCUUGGAGAUCGGUAGGACCGUCUCGUUGUGGAUGACGAGCAAGAAGAUUCGUGGAAAAUUGUUCGACGACUCUGAAGGUUUGAUGGCGACGCUGAGGAGUCUUCUGGAGACUUCCGAUGACUCUAGUGAGCUCGAGCUAACCUACCUGUGUCUCAGGGAGCUUCUAAUGAUGGAGGAAUUUCCAAAGGCCGAAGUCCAGAAGCUCCUCCUCCUCCCCUGGUUCCCGGACAAGUCUUCCGGUAACUUGGACGUCUCAAGGAAACUCUCAAACACUCUCAAGACCCUCAGUAUGGAGACGAAACUCAAAUGUCUGGAAACUGUCUGUGAAUUCGGGAAGGGACGGAUCAGAAUCAAGUACCUGAGCAUCUGUGUCUCCAGUAAUGACUCAGAGUUAUCAGUCUCAGCAGUUCAGAACUCAGUUCUACUCCUGGCUGAUCCCGACACAUCCUUCAACGACCUAAGCCUCCACGUUCUGAGACCUGCAAUUGUUGGUCAGAGAGUGGCUCUGCAGGAGGCGGUUGCGAGGGUCCUAGGGGACACAGUUUGCCUUUUGUCUGGGAAAGCCCAGUUGAUCCGGCCCGUAUGGGAUUCCCCGACGUGGAAAGUCUGCUGCAAGAUCUGCGACAAGCACUUCGAGUAUUCUCCAGGGCUCGAUGACCGGUUCCCUCUUGACGAGUCCAUAUUAUCCCCUUACUUCGUCCUCUUCUCGUCGAAAAUUCUGACUGUUCGUAGGACGAUGAGUAAAAAUCUUGUAAAAUUCUCGAAUCAUCUCCACAGCUUUAGCGCCAAUGCCACCUGCAAGACUUGGCUGGCUUUCAUCAAUGACCCAGACGCAGAGAUACGAAGCGAUCUCUCGAAUUCCAUUGCUACUCUUGCGCGAAAUAAAUUGAAGUCGAUUUCUGACGGUUCGAGAUCUAUUCAGGAUGACACUCCGCAGGAUCUGAAGGACUUUGUCGAACUGGUGAUCGAUCAUCUCGGGGACGGUUUAACAGAUGCUCUGGAGAGGCCUAACGAAUCCCUCCAGAUGUCCCUCGUCAACACUGCGAGGGAAUUCGCAAGGGCCGAGAUCUACUCCGCGGAAAGGAGGAUCUGUACAAUCUUUAUCAUUACGAUCAUGCAUCCGGAGUCUUCGUACACCGCUAUGGCGUCAGCAGCAGUUGCUUACAAGGAAGUGGCGAACUAUUUGAAAUUGACGCCUUACAAGCUCUUCCUCAGGUAUCGAAAGGACUUCAUCGAACUGAUGACACAGCUCUUGGCGAGCAACUUCGUCGAGAAAAAUCACAGUGUCCCUGGGUCCCUUAGUAAGAUCGUUCACUGUAUCGGCUACUCGGGGGCACGGGAGUUCUUGAGGAAGGAGGGAAGUCUGGUUGUGAGCCACUUGGUUCCUAUGGUGAUUAAAGUCCCCAAGGUCAGGGACAUGUUCAAGGAAAUUGCUGACCUUCUGACGCUCGAGGAGCAUGAAAUGUUCAUCGAGUACUUCCAGCAGAUCUGUCCGCACUUCUUCCUCAAUGAGACUCCAGAGGUAGGUAGUGAGUGCCUCGACCUCGUCUCUAAUCUCGCCAGGGUCUCAGCUAGGGAUUUGAUGAAGAUUUCCUUCAUUGGAAUUUUUCGAAAGCUCCUUCUUCACUUUCACGAUAAGAUGGAGAGGGUGCUGAUUUGUCUGGAAGUCAUCUCCGAAUUCGAUCCUGAUCACAAAGGUAAUUUUGAAACAGAUCAGAGUAUCGCAAACUACCUGAAACCUCAUCUUCACGCGGUUCUGGUGAAAUUUGAUACCAAUUUGGGUCCUAUGAGCGACGAGGGCACUCAGAAGGCGGCGCUGGCUUCACUCGGGGCGCUAAUGAAGUUUAUGGGGGCUGCACACCUCAGCCCUCUCAAGUACAAGAUCCUGACAACUCUGAGGACAUGUCUGAACCUCAACAGGCCGGGUUUCCAGAAAUUGUCCUGUUACGUAUGGGACUGCUUCCUCAGGAAGCUGUCUCUGGAAGAUCUGGGGCCUCUUCUGUCAACGAUCUGCGUCUCCAUGGUUCCGUUAUUGGAUUCUUGUCCUCAGAAGGCCAACGCGAUGAUGGAGUUCCUCCUGAUAGACAACCACGAGGCCCUGCAGUCUUACAUAUCCGAGUUAUUCUUCAUCGAUGAUCUCAAAGUCAACAAAAGAAUCUCCUCAGUCGUGACUAAUCAGGUCGCAAGGUCGAUGCCGAGGAACCCCGAGGCCGGGCUAAAGAUCUGGAUUCGCAGGAUCAAGCACGAGACCGAUGAGGUUAGGUUUAAGGCACUAGGACACCUGAAGAAGUUCCUCGAGGUCCACAGAAGCCACUUGAAUGACAUGAUUCUCUCCAACACUGAUGUUCAUCCUCUAGUGGUGAAUCUCCUGGACUCGUUGCUGGCAGGAUGCCAAGACAAAGACGAGAGCAUCAGGCUAAAAUGUGGCGAGUGUCUGGGGGAGUUGGGGGCAGUGGAGCCGAGCCUUCUCCCCCGAAGAAUCGCCUCUAAGGACGACUCCAAGUUCAUUCUGCAGAUGAACGAGGAUUUUGCUCUGGGAGUUCUUCAGGAGCUCGUGAGAGCCCUUCAGAUGGAGAAAAUAACUCAGAACGUCGACUGCUUCUCCUUGGCAAUCCAGGAGGUCCUCAAGACCUUCGAGAUCUCCCCAACUGGCUCCAACUCGAAUCUCUGGAAUUCCUUGUCUCCAACGACUCAAGAGCGCAUUCUUCCCCUUCUCAACUCCAGAUAUAAACACACAGCGACAGGUCCUGCCACUGUUGAGUCACCGGUAUACGGUUCCUCGGCAGGUUCGACAUUUGAGAAGUGGUUGUACAAUUGGACCUGUUCGAUGAUUCACGCAAUCAAAGAUCCAAGACUCCUCUCGGUCCUAAGUGCUUGUCAACCCGCGUUACGAAGGGACUCUCGUACCACGAUGUACUGUAUUCCCCACAUCUUCAGCCACAUCAUCAUGAGAGGCUCUGAUACUGACAGAGAUCGCUUGCUGACUGAGAUCUUCGCUGUGAUAAAAUCCGGAAAUCAGACUCUGGAUCAAGAGCUGUUGAUUCGUCGACCCCUGAGACGCGAGACCAAUGACAAGCACAGUGACACUAGAGUCUCAGACGAGGCAAGAAGAAUCAGGUGCUCCCAGGUGGUGUUUUCAACUCUGGACCAUGUUAUGAGGUGGUUGGGAGAGAAGCGAAGGGAGAAAGACCAGAAAUACCUUCUCAUGCAGAGAUUUGUGGAUCAAUUAGACAGCUUUGUGCUGGCUGAAGCCUGCUACAAGUCUCACGAAUAUCAUCGUGCUCUGAUGUAUCUGGAGAGACACAUGGCAUCGAAGAACAAAGGAUUGUCGGAUCAGACGGAAAGUGGUCUGCUAGCGAAAAUCUACACGCAGUUGGAGGAGCCUGAUGGUGUGUCAGGGAUUCUUGCCACUCAGGAUCAGUCACCAACUCUUCAGCAACUGGUGGUUGCUCAUGAAGUCACUGGACAGCUUCAGGACGCAGCGAUCUGUUACGAGAAAUUAGCACAACGUCUCGUCGCCCCCAAAUUCAUCCAGGGUAUGAUCCACUGCUACCUGGGAUUGGACCAGCCAUUCACAGCGAUGAAGUUCACUGAAGGCGUUAUCGGCUCCAGCCCCGAGCUGGAGCCCCUGAUGGUCGAACACGAGCCGUUCUGGCGACUAGCCAAUUUCGUUCAACUGAACGAUGACAAGAACUCUGUCAAGAAGAACCUCCUGGAGGAUUUGAAGAGAGGCGUCCAGCCUGAUCUCCAGGGUGUCAAGAAACGACUGGUGACUCUGCUAGGAGCCACGUCUCAUCGAGUGUCUUACCUUCAGCAGAGCUACCCCUACAUCAUGAAGCUCCAUAUCCUCAACGAGUUCGAAAAAGCGACUGAUCUAAUGUUGAAGAACGUCGAGAACCUUCCCAUAAUCGUCAAGGAGUGGGAGCAAAGAGAGCAGCUGAUCAGGGCUUCAAGAGGCGUAGAGUCAGUCCUUGGUAUGAGGCGGGCAACCCUCGAUCUGUUUGUCCAGCUGUCAGAGUCAAAUCAACCGGAAACUGAUGUCUCCAACCUGAAGCAGGAAAUCGGCAAGAUCUGGUUGAAGAGUGCCAAGAUAGCGAGAAAGUCAGGACUCUACCAGCAAGCAUACAUGUACAUCCUCUCGGCUUCGGAUUUCUGUCCACCACAGGAGCUCAACAUCGAGCUCGCCCAAUUGUACUGGCAGAGGAACUCUCAAGAGGACGCACUCAUCACCCUCAAGCGAUCUUUCACCAAUUGUUUUCAAUCCUUGGAGCACUACCGAAAGCUCCAGCUCCACACGUGCCCCCCAGAUCGUAAAAACUUUGCAAAAGCCAAGUUGCUCUUCGCCAGGUACAACGAGGAGACGUUGAAUGUCGACAAGACGACGAAUAUGAGGUACUACGAGGAAUCCUACAAUGCAUGGAAGUCGUGGGGCAAGAGCUCUCUGGCACUCGCCCAGUAUCAAGAGUCAUUCAUCGAGGCAAGAGGAGGACAACCAAAUGGAAAUCUUCUCAGUAAGGUAAUCAAUUAUUACGGGAGAUCGCUUCAAUUCAGCUGCAAGUACGUUCAUCAAUCCAUGCCGAGGAUGCUGACAAUCUGGAUGGACUUCGCGGAGAAGGUCCACACGUCGGAGAGGCCCCAGAAGGAGCAGGUGGAGAUGGUGGAGACAAUGACAAAGAUUAUCGACGCUUACUGCGCUAGACUGCCGACGUACGUCUGGCUCACAGCGCUGAGCCAGCUCAUCUCGAGGAUCUCCCAUCCCUCCAAGGACGUGCAGGAGCAGCUGAUCAAGAUUCUGGUGAAGCUGAUGGCAGCGCAUCCUCAGUACUGCAUGUGGAUGAUGGCGUGUGUCCUGAACUCGAAAAAAUCACCAGCAACCAGUGUCUUGGGAUCGGACAAGCGUCCUCAGAGCUUCAAAGAUCGAAUGUGGAAUCACAGGCAUCUUCAGGAGUCCUCGAUUAAGAAGAUCAUGAACUCCUUUAGACAGUUGUGGGAGAGGCUAAUUGAGUUCACAUCAUUUAGGAUCGAGGACGGGGUCUCCAGAACCAAAGUAUCCAUUCUUUGCAAAGAUUUGCCAAAAUUGCUGAAGAAUCCGAACUUUGGAUCCAUAAUGAUGCCGACGACUCAGUUCUUCAGGUUGUCAUUGCCAGCUGAUGGUGCCCUGCACGACGGCCAUGAUCCCCUCAGCAACGACAGGAUUUCCAUAGUCGGAAUUGAAGAGGAGGUUACGGUCAUGACGUCCGCGCAGAAGCCCAAGAAGAUCAUGCUGCGAGGGUCUGAUGGUAAACGAUACAGCUUCAUGUGCAAACCUGACGACGAUCUGCGAAGGGACUUUCGACUGAUGGAGUUCAACGGAAUCGUCAACAAGUACCUCCAGAAGGAUCCAGAGUCCCGGCAGAGGCGUCUCUACAUCCGGACGUACUCCGUAGUGCCUCUUCACGAGAAGUGCGGAAUAAUCGAGUGGGUCCAGAACCUCCUGCCGUUCCGUCAAGCUCUCCUGGGGAUAUACAAGGAGAGGAAGCUGGGGAUGAGUGGUGAGGAGCUGCGGAGGCUCGCUCCACCUCUCAGAACCGAUUUGGAAAUCAAGAGGAGGCUGUUCUUGGAGAAAUUACUGCCUAGGCAUCCCCCAGUCCUCGGGGACUGGUUCAGGCUGAUGUUCCCAGAUCCCUACGCCUGGUACGAGGCUAGAACUGCUUACAUUAGAACCACAGCUGUCAUGUCUAUGGUGGGGUAUGUGCUUGGGCUUGGUGACAGACACGGCGAGAAUAUUCUCUUUGACUGCAAGUGUGGUGACACCGUUCACGUGGACUUCAAUUGUCUUUUCAACACUGGGGAGACACUAAAAGUACCUGAAAAGGUGCCCUUCAGGCUGACCCAUAACAUGGUCAGCGCCAUGGGGCCACUCAAGUAUGAGGGACCUUUCAGGAAGUCCUGCGAAACCACCAUGAGGGUCCUGAGGACCCAGGCGAGAACACUCAACAGUGUGCUCAAGCCAUUUGUUUAUACUGAGAGGGUAACUACUGAUGCUGAAACUAAUGUCAGGAAUAUCGAGCAGAGGCUCGCUGGAUUCGUCAAGCUGGUGGACAAGAGCAUGGUUAAAUUGAGUGUCAAGGGACAGGUCAAUCAUCUAAUUCUCGAUGCCACCAGCAUUGAUAAUCUUUGUCAGCUGUAUUAUGGGUGGGGAGCGCAGUUGUGAGGACGAGGGCUAGUAAAUGCUCUUUCUCAAAAGGUGACGAGGUUGUAACGAGAUAAAAUCAAUUGCUUUCAAUCAGAAUUAUAUUUUUUCCAUUCGUGUUAAUCUUCUGAGAAGCUACGGAGGAGCAUAAAAUAAGAGAGAGAUGUACUCAGGAUCUAAAAAUAGAUAAUUAAUCGAUAAAUGGUAAUAUUCUUAUGUAAGACGUUAAUAAACUUUUCUAUUUUUUAA